ACUAAUGACUUUGUGAAGUAAAAUUAUUACUUCACAAAGUCUGUCGUUUAUCUAUUUUAUGAAGCAGAAUUAUUUUGUAAUUAUCUGUGACACCCGAAGGCCAAAACUAAAAUCAGAUGGCAAGGACUCUUUUGUCGGUUUUGGAGAAAGCAGCGUGAGAUAAAUGCAGUAAUUAUCCUGCAUGGGUCAUGGGAUGUUUACUCUAACCGUUUUCCCUUUUGGAUACACAACAGCAGACUUAAAUGCUUCCUGUCUAUGACUCAUGCGCUUCUUUCCUCAGACUCAUAAAAGUUUACUUGGACAGUGGUGGUGGUGAAAUCUGCCAGUGCAAAUCUCAAGCUCUGUUACUUGAGAGCAGUUCAAGCGAGAGACAUCUGUUGACAAACAGGACACCUUGUGACAAUUUGUCAUGGCACGACAAACAGUCAUGAGAUGUUAUGCUUACAGUUUUUCCCUAGCUAUGAAGGGGACACAGUAUACCUGUGACAGAAGGCCUUUGCUCAGAUGAGCAAACCUAAUGCUGUACAUCACCCGGAACACAUCAACCCUAUGCUGACGUAUGGUGGUGGCAGCUUCCUGCUGUGGGCAUACCUUUCUUUAGCAGAGUCUAGGAAGGAAGUCAUAUUUGAUUGAAAGAUGGAUAUAGUUAAACUCAGAAUAAUACAGCAAUGAAACCAUUUAGUCUGAGACAUGCAGUCAAUGGCAAUGUGUUAGACUGGCUGAAAGUACAAUCUAAUGGAGAGACACUCUGCAUUAAAACUAUUUCACAAAGAAUUGGUAGAAACACACCCCAAAAGUUUUUGCGGUUGUAAUUCUUGCAAUUGGGGAUUCUGUGCAGGGUUGCUGAAUACAGAUGCAGCCCAGACUUUAUUUUUAUUUUUGCAUUUAUUGGAAUACUUUGGGUUUUUCUAUGUCAUAAAACUGCAUGGCGUGUUGUCAAAACUACAUGUCGCAGUGUGACUACAUGUGAAAACGUUCAAUGCUUUAAAAUAGUUACAAUGUGCUCUCUUAUCUUCUCAGGCUGAGUUAGCUUUAAGGUAUAAUCAGAUUCCGGCAGUCUGACACAGUAUUUCAUAUCUACCUCCUUUGGCUAAAGAGGAAUUACUGAUGACUCUUGUGGCUUUAGAAUAAAGACUUAUCUUAAAAGCUGUCGCAACCCAGCCGCCUGCUGUGAUGGUGGAUUCGCAAGGUGAAUCAGUAUUUAACUAUUAAUGCCUGAACUUGUGGUUCCUCUCUGCCACCUCAAAAAAAAAAAAAGAUCACAAUGUUAUGUUAUAAUUCACCUUUCGCCAUUUUCCAUUGUAAGUGCAAUUCUCUGAAUGGGUGUGUGCCUCCUGGAGGCUUGCUGUAGUACAAAGCAGGCCACAUGCCUGGAGUGGUGCAGCGGGAUCUGAUUUAUGAGAGUGCAGUGCAGGGGGAGAUUUUGGCUGGAGAAGCGCUGUGUCAUCAUUACAGAGCACCGCUGGGGAGACUGUGGAGCAUCCCAAAGCAGGUGUGGAAGCUUGCACCCCCCAGCCCCCGCCCCUCCUGCUGCAGAGGGUUGUUGUGAAAGUGCUUGGCAGCACAUCGGGCGGAAAAACAAGCAGACUUUGCUAAUCUCGCAGCAUGACGCAGCAUAUAUCCAGCUGAGACCUGAAAGAGAUCUAAUUAACCCACUUUGUGUUACAAGAUGUCAUCGCUACGCUAUCGGGAAGAUGCUUCGUAGAUCUGGGUCGUUUUUGUUUCAAGUAAUGAACGCUUGAUGAGGCAUCCCCAGCUUCUUGCUGCUAGGCAACGGGAAGGAUUUCCUAAUAUGGUGAGGCAGCCAGGUUGUCCUGCGUGGAGGGGCGUGUCGUCAGAGCGCGGAGCUUCCUGCUUUUCCCACCCGCCUCGUCCUUCGCUCUUUUCCAUUUGGUCUACGGCUUAUUCGAAGGUAUGCUGGAGAAACUUGAACUAGAUGAUGAUGCUGCUGAACCCGAGAGUGAUAUUUACAUGCGAUUUAUGAAAUCCCACAAGUGCUAUGACAUCGUCCCCACAAGCUCCAAGCUGGUCGUGUUUGACACAGCGCUUCAAGUUAAGAAGGCAUUUUUUGCCUUGGUGGCUAACGGUGUGCGAGCUGCUCCUCUAUGGGACACAGAGAAGCAAAGCUUUGUGGGAAUGCUGACAAUCACAGAUUUCAUCAUCAUACUGCACAGAUACUAUAAGUCACCAAUGGUGCAAAUUUAUGAGUUAGAGGAACACAAGCUUGAAACAUGGAGAGAGGUUUAUCUUCAAGCAACGUUUAAACCUCUUGUGAACAUAUCACCGGAUGCAAGUCUGUUUGAUGCAGUGUACACCCUCAUCAAAAAUAAAAUUCACCGCCUGCCUGUCAUCGACCCUGUUACAGGGAAUGCACUUUAUAUACUCACACACAAGAGGAUCCUAAAGUUCCUCCAACUGUUUGUGUGUGAAAUGCCAAAGCCAGCGUUCAUGAAGCAGACUCUAGGUGAGCUCGGCAUCGGGACGUUCCAUGAAAUCGCUUUCAUCCACCCAGAUACGCCUAUCAUUAAAGCCCUCAACAUCUUCGUGGAGAGACGGGUGUCUGCUCUGCCUGUGGUGGAUGACUCAGGCAAAGUUGUGGAUAUUUAUUCCAAGUUUGAUGUGAUUAACUUGGCCGCAGAGAAAACUUACAAUAACUUGGACAUCACAGUGACGCAGGCCCUCAAACAUCGCUCGCAGUACUUCGAAGGAGUUGUUAAGUGCCACAAAAUGGAAACAAUGGAGACCAUUGUGGACAGAAUAGUCAAAGCAGAAGUUCAUCGGCUGGUGGUGGUUGAUGAGCGCUCCAGCAUUGAGGGCAUCGUUUCCCUUUCAGAUAUCCUCCAGGCACUGGUGCUUAGCCCAGCAGAUGCCUGUAAGGAGGAGAAUCUUACUGAAUGAGUUUGUGGUGCAUCAGCUUUUUUGUAAUGGAAGUGAAUGAACUUAUAGUUAAUGGUUGAUUGUGUGAAGCCGGUGUGGAAGUCCUGGAGACCGUCACCAUCAGCGGGACUGGAGCGGCUCUGAAAGGCCUGAUGCAGCUGAGUGAAGUGGAUUUUUUUUUUUUGUUUUUUUGUUUUUUGUUUUGUUUUUGUUUGUUUUUUUGCACUGAGGAAUGAGUUUUCCUUUUUUCUUCCAGUUUGUUUAAACACUGAUCAGAUGCAUUAAAGAUAUAUUAUAAAAUAUAUGCAAACACAUGCAGAUGAAUACCGGAUGGGGAAGUGGAGGAUGUUUUCUGAUGGGCUUUAACUAGUUACAGUCAUGCAGCUCUCAUCAGAUAUAAAGUCCCAUUUCAUACUUUAGUAUGAAAUCUUUCAGUUGUAAAGCUAUACUUCUACCCACAGAGAUUGGACGACUGCUGUCAUGAGGAGAAUAAUGGCCAGCGCCAACAUAACAUCGCUCAAUGCCCAACUAUUCGUGCCUUUUCGCGUCCCUGGCACCCCACUUCACUGUGGUCCUUUUGAGUUUACGGUUUCAAAUGAAAGCUGUAGUUUUCGCAUGUUGCUGCAAUAAAGAAAAACACAGUUGACAUUUUCAACCCCACGCUCCAGAGGUUGUCUUUAAUUUAGUUGGGUUAUUAAAAAAACUUGUUCGAAUGAAAGGAUUUCUGGAAGAUCAGACAAGAAGAGGAAGCAUAACAUCUUUGGAGCAUUGGUUUGGUUUCUCCCUGUCAGCAUGACUUCAGAGGGCUUUUUUUUUGUAAUGGAAAAAAAAAAAGAUUGAAAAUUUAUUUUUAGGGGUUUUAAAGACAUUUUUACAGUGUAUCCCCAGUUGCUUGGAGGCUUCACACAAAGCUGCUUGGAGCUGCUUGUGUUUCAUCUGGAUUUGAACAGGACUCAUCUCCAUCUUCUGUAAAAGAGAUUUGUUCUCAGAAACCAUGUCACAGAAAGCUUUAUUUUUAUGAAUGUGUUAAGUCUAAAGAGAGUUCAGUUUUAAUGUUAUUUUUGUAAAUAUAUUGUGGCAAUAUGUCUAAAUCAGAGAAACUUUGUAUUGAAUCAACAUGUACUGUAAAUGUGCAAAGCAUGACAAACUACACUUCAGCAGAAUGAAUGUUCUUUGUUUUACUUUUUCUAUUUUUCUGGCUGCAGAAAAAUAAACAGACACUGAAUGUA